AUUACCGACUAUUAUUAGAAGCCAUCUAGUUGAGCCUAGCCGCACGAAAUAUACCUACACCACGCGAAAAUAGACAUUUUGAAAAUAAAUUAAUCAAAUAUUGACAAAUUAUUUGAAAUAUUAAUCCUACAGGGACAUUAAUUCUAUAUUUUUUCCAUAAUUUGGAUUUCAUUCCCCAAUGGAUAUCCAGUCAUAUUUUUUGUUAGUAAUAUUCAUUUUAAUAGGCCACAUUUCAAGUGUGUCUUCAGUGAAUUCGACUAAGGAAUGUCCUAAUAUAAAAACUUCGCUGGUUUCUGUGAGGAAGAGGCGCCAUCUUGCUUUUCCUCCAGGAUCUGCCGCUUCGGUGACCACGUCAGUGGUGAAGACGUUCAUGACCCAUGUACCAUCAGGCUGGUACGUGGUGGUAGAAGCUGAACUAGUGUACAUGCUGCCAGACCACACGGUGAUCAGUGCCCACAAGAGAAGAAAGCUGCAUCAUCGACAGAAGAAAGAGAUCUGGGAGACUCUAGAAGGUGUUUUGGAGCAACGCAAUAUGAAUGGACGAGCUUGCAUACUAAGGACGAUAUGUGAAGCCAAAAUGCGACUCGCACCAAAAGGAAAGUCCCUGGUGCACGAUAUACUAAGAGCUAUGUUCACAGCACCCUUGGAAGAAAGGGAGUUUGUCGAAGAAAUGGGCUUGACAUACAAUGAGUUAUUAGAACCAGACUUCUGUAUGAAAGCGAAUGACUGCCCGCUGUCUAUCCUCAGCUUUAUUUUGGAUUUAAAUCGACAUAGAUAGCGGUGGGCUAAUAAAGUGAG